AACUAAUAGAAAGAUCGGGGACACUCGAGAGAGAAAUUAUUAUAGUAGGAGGAGAGAGAGAGAGAGAAAAGAGGGAAGAGAGAAGAGAGGAGAAAGAAAGAAACUUCACGCUGCUACGUCAAUGGCGGUUAGGGUUUCCUGUUGAUCCUACGAAACUUCAUCUCUUCACUACAAUUGUUUCCCCUUUCAUUCUUCUCCUUCUCCUCGAAACCCUAAUUUCAAACCCCCGAAUUGAGCAUGCUCGUUGUUGUUAUUGCUUAGAAUUUUUCAGAAGCUGUCGUCAUGGGUGCGCCGGAGAAAUCAGAGGAUAACGCUAAUUCGAUGCAGCGUGUCAAAGUGUACCGUCUGAAUCAUGAUGGAAAAUGGGAUGACCAGGGUACUGGACAUGUCACUGUUGAUUAUUUGGAGAGAUCAGAAGAGCUGGGCUUACUAGUUUAUGAUGAAGAAGACAAUGACACCAUACUUAGGCAGCGAAUCAGUUCUGAUGAUAUUUAUAGGAAACAAGAAGAUACCAUUAUCUCAUGGAGAGAUCCUGAAUAUGCUACAGAACUGGCCCUUAGCUUUCAAGAGCCCACCGGAUGCUCUUACAUAUGGGACCACAUUUGCAAUGUGCAGAGGAACAUACAUUUCAAUAAUAUAAAUAAUGAACCAUUUCAGAAUGUUAACAGUGAGUUAAGGGAGUUGCCUGCUAUUGAGCUAUCGACACUUCCUUUGAUUCUUAAGACUGUGGUUGAAAGUGGCAUUGCAGAUCAGUUGCGGCUUACUGAGCUAAUAUUAAGUGAUCAAGAAUUUUUUCGUAAGCUGAUGGAAGUAUUUAGUGGAUGCGAAAAGUCGCAAAACAUGGAUGGCCUUCACAUGAUAUUCAAAAUAGUCAAAGGGAUCAUUUUGCUCAACAGUACUCCAAUUCUUGAGAGAAUUUUUAAAGAUGAAUUUAUAGUGGACAUUAUCGGUGCCCUCGAGUAUGACCCAGAAAUUCCUUCUGUUCAACAUCAUCGUAAAUUCUUACAUGAGCAUGUUGUUUUUAAGGAGGCCAUACCUAUUAAAGACCCCCUUGUGUUAUCAAAGAUACAUCAGACUUAUAGAGUUGGUUAUUUGAAGGAUGUUGUUUUGGCUAGAGUUUUGGAUGAGGCCACGAGUGCAAAUCUUAACUCCAUAAUACAUGCUAACAACGCUUGUGUUAUUUCAUUGUUGAAGGAUGACAGCAAAUUUAUCCAGGAGUUGUUUGCUAGGUUAAAAUUGCCCACCACCGCUCAAGAAUCGAAGAAGAACUUGGUCUAUUUCUUACAUGAGUUUUGUAGUGUAAGCAAGAGCUUGCAGAUGGUUCAGCAGCUUCGGCUUUUUAGGGAUUUAAUGAAUGAAGGCAUCUUUGACAUUGUCACUGAUGUUCUGCAAAAUGAUGACAAGAAGUUUGUGCUCACUGGGACAGACAUUCUCAUUCUUUUCUUGAAUCAGGAUCCUAAUCUUCUGCGGUCAUAUGUUGUUCGGCAGGAAGGAAUUACUCUUCUAGGACUCUUGGUUAAAGGAAUGGUAACGGAUUUUGGAGAAAACAUGCACUGCCAGUUUCUUGAGAUUCUUCGCUGUUUAUUGGACUCAUGCACAUUGUCUGGACCACAGAGGGACACUAUUAUUGACAUUUUCUUCGAGAAGCAUUUGGGUCAACUGAUUGAAGUUAUCGCAGCAUCAUGUCCUUCAGAAAAUAUUGCUGAUGGAAGAACUGGAAGAAGAGUUAAGUGUCAGAAUGGAACAAAGCCGGAGAUAUUAUCAAACAUAUGUGAAUUACUAUGCUUUUGUGUUCUACAUCAUCCAUACAGGAUAAAGUCCAACUUUCUUCUUAAUAACGUGAUUGAAACAAUUUUGUUACUGACACGGAGAGCAGAAAGAUACUUAGUUGUUGGUGCUGUCCGUUUUGCUCGAACUCUUCUCUCCCGCCAUGAUGAGCAUUUGUUAAAUUAUUUUGUUAGGAAUAAUGUUCUCAAACCGAUUGUAGAUGCCUUUGUUGCAAAUGGCAAUCGUUACAAUCUGCUCCAUUCUGCUGUUUUGGAACUUUUUGAGUAUAUUCGGAAGGAAAAUCUGAAAUUAUUGCUGAAAUAUAUAGUUGAUUCUUUCUGGGAUCAGCUGGUGAGAUUUGAGUAUUUGGCAUCGAUUCGCUCGCUGAAAGUAAAAUAUGAGCAGUGUUUGGAUAAUGGUGGGACAAAAGAUGCCGCUACUGUAGUUGACCUUCGGAGACGAACUGAUGAGCGUGCUCUGGAGAGAGAAGAGGAACGCUACUUCAAUGAGGAUAGUGAUGAGGAGGAUAUAGCUUCUGCAUCUGUUUCACAUGAUCAGAAUGAACAUCAACAACCUACUCUUUCCAAUGGAGUUGCUGCAAGCUAUUCACAGUCAAGUCCAAAAUCACUGGUUGACUAUGAUGAUGAUGAGGAUGAUGAAGAUUACCGACCACCACCAAGGAAGCAGCCAGAACCUUCUGAGGAAGAUGAUGGCAUAAUGGAGUCUUUAAGGCUGAAAAGGAAAUUGCCUUCAAAGGAUAGGGAACCCGAACUUGUGAAGAAGCAGAAGUCACCCAAGAACAUAAAAUCUAAAGAGAGUGUUUUUGCUGCCUUGUGUUCAACAUUGAGCCAAUCUGUGCUACCUAGUAAGAAAGCUGCAAUCAACAUUCAUCUAGGUGCUCGAACAGUUGAGGGUAGGAUGAGCUCAAGUCAAGACAAGCAGGAAGAAGAGGGAUCUAGUGUUUCUAGUAGCAGCUCUGAUGAUAGCAACACAGCGGCUGAAGAUAACCAUGUUGAGAAACAAACUGCAGCUUCUAAAAGCUUUUCGGACUGUUUGCAUGCAACAUCAGAUAAUAUACAGUUGGGGGGUGAGGAUCGUCCAUUGGUUCCCCCAAAUUCCUCGCCGGAGAUGGCUGUAAAUGGAUCGUAAGCUUUUGCAUUCAUAUGCAUGAAGACAGAUUGUUUGCUCUAUUUCGUGUAUAGAUUUGAUUGUGGCUAAGUGGUUGCUGACAGUCAAAGCAAUAUAGCGGAGACAAAGGAAUUUUACCUACAAGAGGGUGAAUUCUGGUUAACUGUUGCUUCGACAAUAUGGGGAGAUACUGUACCAUGCCGCUGAGGGGCAGGAAAACAUUAGUACAGUUACAUGGGUGGAUCUGCUCCUAUUCCUUCGGUCUGCUAUUUUCGGCUUUGAACCUAGUAGUUCUUGAUUUUGUAUAACAUUUCUGAGCAAUAAUUUCUCUAUUUUCUUGUCUCCAAAAUUUUCCUCUUCUCAGCUAAUUCAUUUACUUCUGUAGUUUCUGCAAAGUAUCCGUGGUGCCUAUGAGGGGUGUAUUAUCAUUAUUCCCCUUUUCAGUUAUUUGAACUCACGGUAGAGGGUGCCAAUAUCUUGCCCUACACAGGUUUUACUUGUUUAUGUUAUCCCUUUUUUGGGUUGUGGGCGUGUUGGUCCUAUAUUUGUGCAGUGAGUUUCUAGGGCUAAUUUUCACAAAUGUAGUAGUCUGGAAUCAUCAUCCGCUGUAAAUCUGUGUAUGAAAAUGUUAGUAUGCAACGGACCACAUCGUAAUCUAGACACUGUUAAUCUUCUUUGUUGUUUUUCCUUA